AUGACUGAGUACACUGCAUCUACUCCUAGACGUUCUACACGUUUGAAUUCGAGGGAUCCUUCAAAUUCCAAAGUUCCUAUUGCUGCCGAGUCUGUAAGCACUGGGGCAAAAGCGAAGGAAUCAGAAGAAGUUAUUAAUGUAGGUAAUUUGGUUCCCGACCUUACUCUUCUCAAUCAAGACGAGACCCCAGUAAACCUUCCAGAACUGAUAAAAUCUCGCGGACUUGUCAUCUUUGCUUAUCCCAGAGCUAGUACGCCAGGAUGUACAAAGCAAGGUUGUGGAUUUCGUGAUAAUUAUCCACAGAUACAGGCCGCCGACUAUGAAGUAUUCGGUGUAUCCUUUGAUUCAUGUAAAUCUCAAAAGAGUUUUCAAACAAAGCAGAACUUUCCUUACGAUUUGCUAUCGGACCCUGAAGGUGUUUUAAUUGAACGUCUUGGUGCAAAAAAACCAGAUGGAAAAUUGUUCCGUAGCCAUUGGAUCUUUGAAAAGGGGUCAGGAAAGUGUCUUGUCAAGGAAAUUGAUAUCUCUCCUCUUGACAGCGUUGAUAAAGCUUUCCAGGUAAUUACUGGCUCUAUUGUUUAA